AUUGAAACUAAUCCAAUUACAAGAGAGAUUCACAGAUCAUCGAGAAAGUUUUCUACCAACGUCUCGAUACGAUGGCUCUUUUAAUUGCUUGUAAGAACGGCCAGCUCCAAGAAGUUCGGCAUCUUGUUGAACAACGCGGAAUGGACGUUAAUCAACCCGGCAAUCUCAUGUGGGAAGAAGAAUGUUACGAACAAGUUCUAGCUUUACCUCUGCAUACCGCUGUUAUCGCCGGACAUUUGAACGUGGUACAGUAUCUCGUCGAGGACUAUAAAGGGCUAACUCCUCUUCACAUUGCCGUCAUUCAUUUGGCUGAUCAAGUUCAAAAAGACGUCAUCCGUUGCCUGGUGAAAAACGGUGCAGAUCUCUCCGCAUAUGACAGGAACGGUAAUCCUUGCUGGGCGCUGACAUUCGACGUCGAUGUAACAAAACUUCUGAUUGAACUUGGCAUGGACAUCCAUGAGACGACGAAUGACUGGUCGGAGACGAUUGUUGAUGUAUGGGCCUGCUCACCGGAUCCGCGUUCAAUCGAAGUGAUGCAGCUGUUGCUAAACAAAGGCGCUGAUUUCCAUAAAAGAGACUAUGAAGGAUUGACUCCUCUGAUGCUGGCCGCAAUAGGCGCAAAUGGUGAACCAAAUUGGCCAGUAUUCGAAUUCAUUUUAACACAAGAAGAGCAACCCUUUGGUAGGCCUGAUAAGAUUGUCGCACUCGAAUUAUGCGGUGCUUUUUACAUCAACGCCGGGGAUUCGGGAUUUGGGUUGACGUGCUGGAGGAUGGCCAUGGGUUUCCGCUUUGAUGUGACGCCUGUCUUGCCUAAGCCUACUACAGUUCGGUCUGAAGUGGCUAGCAAGGCGUUGGACGCUUCAGAAGUGGAAACACCCGAACAACUGGAAGAAAUGGCUGUUUUCGAUCCUGGUUCUUUGAGAGUGCAGGCUAUAUUGAUUAUUUAUCGUAUUCUUGGAAUCAACAGCUACCAGACUUGGGAAAGUCUUACCACAUACGCUCUCGAUUGCUGGGCUUUAGGUGAUGGGCGUCGUUUUCUGAACGUUUCCAUGCUCGUUCUAGAGUGCAGCCAGUCGAUAGAAGAGCCUCUUUGGAUUACAACUGUUGAUACCAUCCGUCGAUUGGCGAUGGCCUUCCACACUCUACGCAGGGAAGGAUGCGAUGCAGAAGACCGUGAACUUGUCUCAUUUCCCAAUGUCAUGGCUGUUCUUCGUUGCGCAGCUAACGAACUGCAUCGUUCUGCAAAUUCACACAACGACUAUGACGAUGGGGUAAGUUGUAACAUUCUGCUGGACUGCGUGAUUCAGCUGACCAUUGUUCUCAUUUCCUUGACUAUGACAGACGAUGAGAGUUUCGAGCUGAAACGUUGCUUGUAUCAACUUGUCCGAUUGGAUGAAAGGAGCAGUCUCAAUGGUUACAAUCUUCUUUUGCUUGCCUGCUCAUCGUCCAGCUAUUAUUUCAGUCCCCAGGAAUUGGAAAUGAAUGGCAGUUCUGAUAUCUAUGUUGGACAAUUACCAUCAGUUGAAGUUAUCCGUGUUCUUUUGGAAGUAGGAGCUGAUCCUGACUCCAAAGACGACAUGGGUAACACGGGUCUUCAUGUCCUGGCAAUAGCUGGUGAAACCUUCACAUCACCCACGGUCCUAGCUUUAUUCGAAGGCGGGGCUCAUCUCGAUCAGGCCAACGUGAUGCGAGAGACCAUGGCCGAUUUACUUCUUAAAGAUUCACCCAGAGAGGCAAAUACUAUUCUUGUUACCCCACUGGAAUUUCCAUCACUCAAAUGCCUUUCUGCUCGUGCUUUCCGACAGCAAAAUGUAUGCUGGCCCUUCGUCGAUCUCGUCCCUUCAGGUUUCUACGAUUUCAUUCUUCAACAUUGA